UCAAGAUCGAGUGGACGAGAAAAUGUCGACGACGUUGGAAGAUGCAUUAUCCAAAUAUCCACCCAGCCACCCUUCGCGUUGCGAAUCGAGGAAAACCUGUUUCCCAACGUGUCCACCGUGUCCAAACAUUCAGCUGCCGAUCAGUGGCACGUCCUCGGUUCGUUUUCAAGUUACGUACACUUGCGACGGACCGAAGUAUUCACGCUGCUAUUAUCCACCGACCGAUAUGCUGCCCACCAACCAACGAAAAUAACCGCGAGAUUGUUCGAUUCCCGCCAAUUGAAAGGCCAAUUUGUUUAUAUUUUUAAUAAAUCAUCCACUUGUUAUGCGUAGAGAGUAACUCUGCCCGCGUAUUUUAUAUCUUUUGUAUUUUUCUUUUCAAGCGUAAAACUUUUGAAUACAAGAA